AUGGUUCAAAACAACUCCACCCUCGGCGCUCCAGGCGGCGAACCAACCCCAACGCCCGAAGCCGCGCCGCCCAUCACCACAGAUUUCAUGAGCUCUAUCAUGGCUCGACUUGCUCAUCAAGACGAAGUCCAAAAGACGAACAACGACCAGUUAGCUGCUCUGGUCGCGGCCCUCACAGCUCCCGACGGCCAAACAAGCCGUCCCCAGCAGAUACGCCGUCGCCUCUUUAACACCAACCCGACAGCGACCGGAGGCGAACAUCUUUCAGACGACUCCGAGCCUAACGAAACCCUUCUCGCCGACCACCCACCGGUAGGUUCUGAUAUGGCAACCAUACGCGAGCUCGCCGAGCUCAAACUCAGUUUCCAACAAAUGAGCGAGAAGAUCCAUCAAGUAACCAGCGCGGCCCCGCAAAUCGAGAGCGUCCUCGCCGCAACCUCACGCACUCCGUUUACUAGUGCUCUGACCAGUGUCCAACUCAGAAAAAUAGAAAAACUGCGCCUACCCGAGUACAAACCCGGCGGAGACCCGGUGGAGCACAUGACAGCUUUCAACAUUGCGAUGGCACGGGCUCGACUCCCAGAAGAAGAAAGGGACGCAGGCUACUGCCAACUGUUCGUCGAAACUCUCCACGAGCAAGCGCUAACCUGGUUUUCCCAGUUAGAAGAAAACUCCAUCGAAAGUUUCCGCGACUUGUCGGCAGCUUUUCUCAAGACUUACAUUAUGUUCACCAAGCGCAGCGCUACUGCCUCUAGCUUGUGGAACCUCAACCAAACCAAAGACCAGAGUCUUCGCGACUACAUGGAGAAGUUCAAAACCGUAGUCUCAAGGAUUGACAUUCCAGACGGUAUCGCCGUUGACGCCUUGCGGAACACAUUGUGGGUUCGUUCUAAAUUCCGAGAGGAUUUAUACCAAAACCCAACUACGUCGCUCCAGGACGCUAUCGCGCGAUCUGACAACUUCAUCCGAAUGGAAGAAGAUACUAACGCCAUUCUCAGCAAGAUGAACGCACCCAAAGCGCCAGCGGCUAAAAACGCCAACACGCGACAAGAACCGCGCCAGCAUGCUCCAACCGACAAAAAGGGCCGCAAAGACGGAUACAUGUAUGUCGUCAACGAGAACAACGUGCCGGUUUCAACUCUCGUAGUCCGCGGCGAGGGAUGGAACAAGUGGGUAAGGGAGAAAAAUUCGCCCGACGAACCAGUCGAUACUGUUUGCACCACCCAACCUACAGCCGAAGCCGGGUCAGCAGCGGGGCCUUUCAGGACCGUCGAUCUCACCAAGCAUUGCAAAUAUCACGACUUCAAGGGACAUGAUACCACAGAAUGCAAAUCACUCUAA